AGCCCCUCCGUUGCCUCGUGAACGAGACGACGAGGGCCGUACAACACGCGGCAGGCAGUACAACAGCCUCGACGGCGCCACGCGAAUGCUUUUUUUCUUUUUCGUUUUUCUUUUCUGUUUCUUUCGUUUUGUUUCUUCGUUUACUUUCCGCGUCAGGGACGCAAACCGCCAACGCGAGAAGAAGCCCUGCCGCGCGGUACCAUAGCAGUGGUGCUUCGCGCGUGAGGCCGCGUUAGACGCAGCUGAGACUCGCUCCGUCCCCUACCCGCCGCCGCCGCCGCCACAACCCCCGACCAUUCCGAACCGCCGGGCCGCUGCCAGAUCAUACGGAGCUCAAAGACGUCAGCGUCGCCGUCGAGCAUCAUCAUCCGGGAGCGUUGGAUUCGCCGCCCGCCCUACGCACCCUAGGUGGUUGUUUAGAUUCGCACAGCUCACUCCCCGGUUGGCUGGUUUUUUCCUCCCCUCCCUCGGUCAUAUUCCAAACUGGACACUGACUGCACCGUUGUUUUGUCUUGGAUCGUGGGUACCGUCAACGCGGUCGUCGCCGUGUUUCUCUUCUGGCCAGCCAGGCACGCAUCGACCCCAGCGAGAGAAGUCUGUUCGUCCCGGAGCAGAAUAAGUAAAAACCUACGCCCUCCCACCCUUUUGCCACGAGCCGAGAACACUCCGAAGCGAGACGUUGCGACACCCUGCCUGGCGCCACGCGCGCUCUCGUACGCAACGUCUUCUCUCCGUCGCGGAUACGCGGACGCUGCUGCAUAGACGUCAACAGGAGACUCGACGCUCCAUUCUACGUUUCGCCUGCACUCACACGACGACUGCCUCUGCGAACGCUUUUAAAGAGCCAAGUGUCUCGGCUCCGUUGCCACUGCUGCGCCUACGUCGGCUCGCCGAUCCUUCCGAGACGUCUUGCCUCCUCGCCGAUGGACGGGCACAGUCGUCGAAAGGAUACCAGAAUGUUGGAGGGGUGUGGGAAAGUAGUCAAGUAUGCACUGUUCGUGGCCAACUUCAUCAUCAUGGUUGGCGGAGUGGUGGUGUUCGCGGUGGGCAUCUGGACCCUGGCCGACCGGUCCUUCAUGGAGCGUCUCCUGGGCACGGACCUGUACGUCAGCUCGGCGUCCAUUCUCAUCGCCACCGGGGUCGUCGUCACUAUAAUCUCCUUCCUCGGCUGCCUCGGCGCCUUCAAGGAGAUCAAGUGCAUGCUUCUCACGUACUUCAUAAUACUCUUCAUGAUAUUCAUCACAAUGCUCGUCGGAGGCAUAUUAGGAUACGUCUUCAGGAAUGAGGUGGACGACCGGAUGUACCAAGAAAUGGUCAUGUCCAUUCCCUCCUACAAAAACGACUCCGUCGUCACGGACGCAUGGGACGCAGUGCAGCAGCACUUCCAGUGCUGUGGUGUUCAACUACAAGCGAAAACUGAACCGUACCGAAUCUGGCAGCUCAAAAACUCCCACUUCAACGCAAAUCAUCAAGUGCCGGAGUCGUGCUGCAUGAAAAAGGAGUGGCUUCAUGCUUGCUCCAAGAACCCUACGGACCGAGACACUUACAUGGACAGCUGUCACGAAAAAGUCCGGGACUUCGUCAAGGGACAUGCUGUCAUUGUAGGUGGAAUAGGAAUCGGCAUCUCCUGCCUUUUAGUUGUCGGAAUGGUCCUCUCGUGCGCCAUGUUCCUCAUGAUCCGCUAAGCAACGAGCGGAGCCUAUCCAUGACGUCAUAUCCGGCGGCGACCUGGUGCCUACUCCUCGCUACAGUGCACAUGCCUGUGUGUACGUGCCACGCUCCUCCUUCAACCAAAGGUGCCAACGACGGCUCUCCACGUCGCUGGCGUUGUUGAGUUUCGCAGCGGCUUUCGCCCUUGAGUUUUGUUUAGUGUUCGCCCCCCGGUCCGGCCACGUGACGACAGAGAAGACGAGCAAGACUGAAAGAACUCCUGGCAGGAGGGACGCUUCUGCAGCCACAGCCGCCUUUACAAUGAGUGGACACCCGCUUUAGAAGUGCCUAUACUGGAAUUCACCAAAAAAAUGCUGGAGCACGGACAUUUUUAAGCGAGCAAGGCGAGCUUUUGUUUUCUUGCCAUUCCAGUGAGAAGUGCGCCGUUUCUGUUAAAGGUUUUUUUUUUUUGUUGCGCAAUUUUUAUUCCCCCGCCCUUUUAUUUUAUUUUGUAUGGACUGUUACAUUCGUAGCGCCUGGAGUGCGGAGACGCUUCUUGAAUCUCCUGCAUUGCGCGUUUGGUUGUGUGUAUCGCUGUGUCGUCGACUCACGUUGUUGUUGUUUUUUCAUGCCGUUCCUGCUUGUCAAGCCUUCUGUAAUUUAUUAACUUUUGUACAGCUUUCUAGACCGUGCCCCUGAGCCUGUUUAGCGGACAAGGGUUAUUUUUCUGAACUUAAUAACUUGCAUUUAUAAUCAUGUUAUAGAC